AUGAUUGCACCCGGCAAGAAGGCUCCAGUGGAUCUUGAAAGCUACUUGGCUAUUUUUGUGGGCGAAGUUCGUGAUCUUAGUGAACACGGCAUGCUGGUUCGAGUGAAUGGUGGUGAAGUUGCCCGAGUAAGCGUUCAUUUGUCAAUGGCGAUAGGCGAUCUUGUAGAAGUAUCACAUUUGAUGUUUCAUGGAGGAGUCUCCAGUCAAUUUGGCUGUAUGAGAUGCCCCAUAGACACACAAGGAGGCCAAUGCUUUACUCGCACAAUCAGAAAUUUCCAAUACAGAACUCUCGAACAACUGAAAGCACCACUGCCUGUUGGCGUAAAACAUGUGUUUAACAUCAAAGGACCAUCCAUAUUUACCACUCUCAAGUCUUUUCCUGCCAACCCAUCGUUCUACGGUCUCGACACACUUCACCUACUGAGCAUUGGAUUAGCUAAGCAUUUGUACGAGCUCUUGUCUUCUCCAUUGCAUCCAUCCAAGUUUGAUAACCGAUACAAGCCCUCUAUCGAAGAACUGAAAGAAGCAAAGCUUGAUAAAGCAAGUGCCUGGCCUUACACCUUUGAUUUAGAUCCCAAAGUUCUGGCAAAGAUCGGUCAGUAUGUAGCUCAGUCAAAGAAGGCCAUUCCAACUACCUUCAAUGCACCAUUCAACGACAUUUUUGCACCAGGAGGAGUUACCAACUACCGAGCAGUUGACUAUGAAGAGUUUAUGAUUUUCAUUGUUCGAGCCCUGAUAGCACCACACUAUCCUGACUCAAUCAGAAAACCUCUUCUGGGUAUCGUUAAAGUGGCAGCUUUGGUAUUGCAGAAGAAUGAAUUGCAUGCUUCAGACUUACAAUUCAUAGAAGCUAAGGUUAACGAUUGGCACAAACUGCUGAUCACUGAAAUCAAAGCCAAACGCCUUCCUAUCAAGACCUUUCGACCAAACGCCCAUUAUUUAGGACACUUGACUUACAUGAUCAAAGCGCAAGGUUUACCGGCUUCGACUUCCAGUCGAUCUAUCGAAAGAUCCAUCGGCAGGUACAAACGCUUGAUAAGUGCUCGCACAAAUGUUGGUAUAAAUGCCGGAAACAUCAUUGAUCGUUUGGCAAUUAUGCGAGCCAUCAAGGCAUCUACAACUGGUGAUGGUACAGGCGAUGGUGAAGACAAACUGAAUGAUCUGGAUGCUCGAAUCAAUCUCUUAGUGCCUCGACGAUACGAUCCAACUACCUUCGUAGAUCUAAAGAAUGACAAUGGCAACGGAAGUCAGCUCUGGUAUCCAGUCAUCCACACAACGGUUUCAAGUAUUCCAACCUCCAUCAACGUCAACACACCUCUUUUUGUCAAGGCUAUACAGUCCUACUACGACCGGCAAUACUCGACUAAUGUUCUGCAGAAUGUCCAUAUCAAUGAUCAACUGGAUAUUGUCGUCUCUGGAAGUGCCUGGGCUUACAACUGCACUUAUCGUUCAGAAUACUAUCGCGAUCUCACCGGUGCUAAUUCUAGAGGAAGCCACUACAUCAUGGUAUCGGCAGAACACUUGAGUAACUCUCGUCGCAAGGUCAAAGCUUUCUAUGUAGGGGCUGUUAUUUUCAUGUUCAAGCUCGAAAUUGAGGGGAUUGGCGAUGAGUUGUUCUUGCUUAUUCGAUUGGGAAAGACUCAUGCUGUUGACGACAAAGACAAGACGAUGCCCAUAGUGGAGCUGGAUGAUGACCAGGAUUCAUCCGCAUAUCUGGUGUGCACAUUUGAGCAGGUCAUUUGCCGAGUUGGUCUGAUGCGUUUUAGCGAGAAUGACAAGAUAUAUAAAGUGAUAACGAAGGAAAAGGUUUUCCGGGCCUCGAUAGAGACUUAUAAACCUGGAAAAAACUCAUUGGUGCUACCUCAAUAA